CUGAGAUUUGCCGAAUGCGUGCAAUAGUAAACAAAGUUUCACGUGAAUGCCAACAUCACCAAGCCAAUUUGAUCGGUGUUAUUCAACAUUCUUUAUCUUUUUGGUAUCACAAAAAUGACGUCAAGAAGAGCACUUCACUUUGUUUUUAAGAUAGGUAACCGAACUGAGACAGCGAGGUUCCUUCGAAAUGCAUUAGGAAUGAAAUUUUUACGACAUGAAGAGUUUGAAAAAGGAUGUGAUGCUGCAUGUAAUGGGCCAUAUGAUGGUAAAUGGAGCAAGUCAAUGGUUGGGUAUGGACCAGAGGACAAUCACUUUGUUGUAGAGCUAACCUAUAACUAUGGCAUUGGAACUUAUCAGAUGGGCAAUGAUUUUAAGGGUAUCACAAUACAUUCCAAAAAUAUCCUGGAAAAUGCCAAACAAAAUGGCUACUCUGUCACACAAGAGGGAGGCCAAAAUAUUCUCACAUCACCAGAUGGUUACCAGUUCAUCAUAGAGGACAAGGAAUCCAAUGGAGAUCCAGUAAAGAAAGUCGCAUUAGCCUGUUCAGAUCUGAAGAAAUCUGUUGAUUUUUGGUCAAAUUUAUGUGACAUGAAGAUUUACUCCCAGGACGACAAGUCUGCAGUGCUUGGAUAUGGGGACAAUCAGUGUAAGUUGGAGUUGAUUGACAUUGGUACCAAAGUGGAGCAUGCCAAAGCUUUUGGGCGAAUAGCCUUCUCCUGUCCAAGAACCCAGUUACCAGACAUUCAAGAAAAGAUGAAGUCUGCCAAUCAGACCAUUCUGACCCCGUUGGUCAGCCUGGACACCCCGGGGAAGGCGACUGUGGAAGUGGUCAUUCUGGCAGACCCAGACGGCCAUGAGAUAUGUUUUGUUGGAGAUGAAGCAUUCCGGGAACUCUCACAAGUGGAUCCUAAGGCUGACCUACUUCUAGAUCAGGCAAUAGCAGCAGAUAAAAGUGAUGAAUGGUUUACAAAGAAAGGCAUCCCUAAGGCUGCAGCAUAGCACCUGUUAGUGGUGACAGUUCUGUGGCAUUCUGAUUUGUCAAGCACUAUUCUCCACAUAAUCUACUCAAUUACCUUUAUUUGUGCACAUUUUCUGUAGAUUUGUAUAUUAACUGCAGGUAGUUUGUCAAUAAUCAAGAAUAUGUCUGCUGAAAUGUGUGAAGUGCUGCAGGUUGGCUGGCUGCCAUUCAUAUACAUUAAUAUAUGUAGUUAUCAUUUACAAGUGUACGUAAAUUCCCAUGGUGAAAACUAACGUUUUAUAUCAAGGGUGAGUCGGUGCUCCGUUAAUUUCAUGGAAUUGCUGCUUACUGUGAAAUUUCCCCCUUUUUUAUUGGCAAAAGGUUUCGUUAUUUUCUGCAUUAUGAAGUUCUUUGAACAAGUUUUAAAUACACAUUAAAUGAAAAGUGUUGAGUAUAAAUAAAGCAUAUUUAUUUAU